AUUGACGAGCUGUAUGUAGUUUCUGUGUCCCUUAAAAAUAUAGAAUGCUGCAGAGCUUGUGGAUUGAUAAGAUGAAAACAAUGUCAACGUUCAGCUCUGGAUGUGGAGGUACAUUAUUGGCGCACGACACCAAUGUAACCCACAGGGAGGAGAGUUGCUCUUAUAAGAGUAUCAAAGAUGAGAAUGCGAGUUACAGUGUCAGAGUUGAAAUCACAAGUGCAGCUGUCAUUCUCGCCUUUCAUGAUGAUGGAACAUUUGAGCUUCGAUCCACGUGACAAGUCGCUGGUAUUGAAGAAAUCGCCGAUUCCAAAACCAACUGGCUGUGAAGUUCUUGUAAAAGUUGCAUAUGCAGGAAUCUGCGGCACGGAUCUUCAUAUUUUGGAAGGCACGUUCCCCUGCAAAUCGGAUGGUCCAUUUACACUUGGGCACGAAUUCGCCGGCACUGUAGAAGCCAUCGGACCGGAAGUGACUACUUUUAAAGUUGGUCAAAGAGUAGUGAUCGAUCCUAACAAUGGUUGUAAUAUAUGUAAUUUCUGUCACAAUGGAAAUUAUCAUUUUUGUCAAAGAGGUGGUAUCCACAACACUAUAGGAAUAUUCAGAAAUGGCGGAUGGUCCACACAUACAAUAGUUCCUGAAUCUCAGGUUUUCUUGGUGCCGGAUGCAGUAAAAUUACCUCAAGCUGCUCUCACCGAACCAUUAUCCUGUCUUGCGCAUGGAUGGAACAAAAUAAAUCCUGUGCACGUAGGUUCACGAGUUCUCGUACUAGGUGCUGGAAUUAUUGGAUUGCUAUGGGUGUCGGUUCUUCAUUUACACGGUUUGCGGAAAUCUGUAACAGUAAGCGAGCCACAACCGACGAGAAGAGAAAUUGUUAAACGUCUAGAAUUGGACUACGAAGUAAAGGCUCCAGCAGAACUGAAGGGUCGUGAAUACGAUUUGGCUAUAGAUUGCAGCGGUUCUGGACCUGCUAUGGAAUCGGCAGUACCGUUACUUGGUCGAGGGGGGCGUCUUUGUGUUUUCGGCGUGGCCAGUCCUCAGGCCAAAUUAACGCUCGAACCAUUUCAGAUUUCAGGGCUGCUAGUGAGCAUUGGUGCGGGUGUUUUUAUUUACCAGCUGCGAGAAUAUCGACCAUUGACACCGGAAAAUGUCUACGGCCCUGCAAUUAUACUGGUGGUCAUGGGAUUGCUUACCCUUAGCAUUUCUAUCUAUGCUUGGCAAUUCAUGGGACUUACCAGGAGAGUUCAAGUGAUAAUUCUCUCUGUCACUUUAACGCUUAUUGCAUUGGCGCAAAUCAUUGCUGGUAUUUGGGCGGUUGUCCGACACGAAGAGAUUGACACUCCGACACCGACUUCUCUUCAGGAGACAUUUGCCCUUGCUAUUGCUGCUGAUAAGCCAAUCUGGGAUCGUAUGCAAAUGAGGUUGCGCUGUUGUGGAAUCGACGGUCCUGCAGAUUAUCGUAUCACGGAAUCAAUUCCUUGGUCCUGUUGUGAUACCAGUAACCUAGCAAAUUCAGAUACAACAGAAGGUGCUUGCACAACAAUGUAUGCUCGGGGUUGUCUUCAUCCUGUGUUGAAUCGAACACGCUCCCUAUUGCUACAUAUAUUUUUACUCGCACUUGGUUCCUUUGUGCUUCAGAUUACCUGUGUAGCUGUGGCUACGUGUUACUCAAAAGCUUUGAAAAAAGGAAUGAGAAGAGCAGGAGAAAUGUCAACGCUUCCACGACCAAAACAGGCAGCUAUCACGGAAUUGGAAGCAAAUGAUCAUUUAAUUAUUUCACCACCAAAGUCUGCAAAAAAAUAUAAAGCUUUACCAAAUAUUCCUUCGCAGCAGUGAACUAGUUAACUGUAUUAUAGACUUUAAUAUUAUUAUUCCGAACGUGACAUUAAGUAAAAUUAUUAUAAUAUAAGGAACGACAUGACGAUACAUUUUUAGAUUUUAGAUUUUAGUUAAAAACGGCGCAAGUGUCUAAUUUAAUUAAAAUGCAAAUACACUUGUUUUAAUAUACAUACAUAAAUUGUAUCAUUUAUUUGAUGCUCGUGCAUUGUAUUAGAACUUGUUUAUCGAACAUCGAGAGGUGGACAUAAUUUAUAAUUAUGUAUGAUAAACAGCUUGGGGAAUAUUUGUUCACUCGUGUCUGUUAUCUUCAAAUUAAUUAAAGAUAGUAUAGAGGAAAUUCCACCAGCAAAUUUGUAUUAGUAGAAAACAAAGUUCAAGUGUAUCAAUGUACCAAGUUGUGACUAAUGAAUUACAUUUAAUCAUUACAAAUACGUGCUUAGAGCCAUAGUGACUCAUAGACUAAGAUCGAUGAGCGUGAAUUACAUUUUUUAGGAUACAGACUCAGGUUGUGAUUAAAAACUGUUCACUAGUAUACGCAGGCUCUUAUCAACGGGAAGUUAGGAUUUAUCUCUGAUAAGAUACACCAUUAUAGAGAAUAAGUAACGCCCAAAAACACAAAAAUAACACAGUAAAUGAAAUCGCAGGAAAAACAGAAUACAUGAGUCAACCGUUGGGAUAUGGUUAUCAUGAAUUACACUAUUAAAAAAAUUAACAAAUGCUCACACAUAUUUAACAAUUUCCAUGAGUAAGAGUACCUGAUUAAUUGUCAAUAAGAAUCGAAAGGCGUAUUAAUAUUUUUAAUGCAAUCAUAAAUAUAUUUAAUUCGACGUCCCUUUUAAACAAUAAAGAUUACCUGAUAUUCGCAAAAUAAAAUCUCUACAUUCUGACUCUACAAUAAUAACGUAAUGCUAGUGUAAGUAAAACUAUAUUUUGGUAAUUGACAAUCAAGACUUCUUCUUCAUUUGAUGAUAACAGUGCAUUUAUUGGUGUUAAUUAGAGACGUCAUUUUUCAUACAAAAUUUAUUUUUUUGUUAUUCAAAGGUUAUGUGACUAAUAACCGAUGUCCUCUCUUGGUUACGUUGUACGAGGUUCGCGCACGCGAAUUUUAUAUCGCGUACUGAGUCAAUAUUGUUCAAGUUCAUUGAUUGUUACGCUCUUGGCGGCACAGGUAAACAGAACAAAGUCGAAACUUAAUAGCUUGGAAUACGUUAAUAUAAAUUGUUAAAUUUUACUUCAAGUUUAUUUCAAUUAAUAAAUAUCUCGUAUAAGAAAUUUGAAUUUCGUACAAAAACCAUUAUCUACAAGACAGUUGAUAACCGUCAAAUGAAAUAUAUUCCAUAGAAUAUUUGUAAUUGAAAGUGGUAUACUGUAUAAGGGCAUCAUAUUGUUGACACAUAUCUGCCUGUAACGUUGUAAAAUAUUAAAUUCAUAAAAAACAAUACCAAGAGAAUUAUA